AUGGCGGCGACGGAUGGGAGCGAGUACUUUGGGAAUGUAGGAAGGGGGAAUUCCUUUGGAAGGCCGUCCAACGCAGAAUCCGUGGCGCAGGACGAGGAGGAAUUGCGGUGGGCGGCGAUUGAGAGUAUUCCGUCGUUCAGGCGGACGAACUUUGCUUUGAUGAGGCGAACGCCAUCGGAGCGUGGUGGAGAGGAGGGCCAGACCGAGACGAUCGACGUCCGGAAGCUGAACCGGUCCAGCCGCGAGCGCGUUGUGAAGAAGGCCUUAGCCACGAACGAACAAGAUAAUUAUAGGUUGCUUUCCGCUAUCAAAGAACGCCUCGAUAGAGUCGGAUUGGAGGUGGCGAAGGUUGAAGUAAGGUACGAGAACUUGAAAAUUAUGGCAAAUGUUCAAACCGGUUCAAGAUCUUUGCCUACUCUGUUUAAUUCUUCUCGUGACGCCAUUGAGAAUAUCCUAACUAGCUUACGGAUAUUUCAACCAAAGAGACACUCUUUAACCAUCUUGAACAACAUCAGUGGUGUCGUGAAACCGGGAAGGAUGACUUUACUCUUAGGACCUCCAGGCUCAGGGAAAUCCACUAUGCUUUUGGCUCUCGCGGGGAAACUUGACAGCAACUUAAAGCAAAGUGGUAGUAUUACAUAUAAUGGCCAUAAGCUUGAUGAAUUUUGCGUUCAAAGGACUUCUGCAUACAUUAGCCAAACAGAUGAUCACAUUCCAGAGCUCACUGUUCGAGAAACCUUGGAUUUUGCCGCUAGAUGUCAAGGUGCAAGUGAAGGCUUUGCAGGUUAUAUGAAAGAUCUGAACCGUUUAGAGAAGGAAAAGAAUAUACGGCCAAGUCCUGAGAUUGAUGCAUUUAUGAAGGCAUCAUCUGUUGGCGGUAAGAAGCACAGUGUUUCAACAGAUUAUGUCAUGAAAGUGCUUGGUCUUGAUGCAUGUUCAGAGACGUUUGUUGGUAGUGACAUGCUCAGAGGCAUCUCAGGUGGCCAAAGAAAAAGAGUUACCACAGGAGAAAUGAUUGUUGGGCCAAGAAAAGCCCUAUUUAUGGACGAAAUAUCUACUGGACUCGAUAGCUCUACCACAUACCAAAUUGUAAAAUGUGUUAGGAACUUUGUCCAUCAAAUGGAGGCUACCGUACUAAUGGCUCUUCUUCAGCCUGCACCUGAGACAUUUGAACUGUUUGAUGAUCUGGUUCUAUUAUCUGAAGGAUACAUUGUAUAUCAAGGCCCUCGAGUUGAAGUGUUAGACUUUUUUGAGACGUUAGGUUUUCGACUACCACCACGUAAGGGGGUAGCAGAUUUUCUUCAAGAGGUGACAUCUAGAAAGGACCAAGCUCAGUACUGGGCCAAUUCUUCAAAACCAUACGUGUUCCUUUCAGUUCCAGAAAUCGCAGAGGCCUUCAAAAGUUCCAGAUUUGGAAAGUCUAUGGAGUCCUCGCUUUCUGUUCCAUAUGAUAAAAGCAAGAGUCAUCCUUUGGCUUUGCAUAAGAUGAAAUUUGCUGCAUCUAAAUUUGAGCUUUUUAAUGCUUGCUUUGGACGAGAACUGCUGCUAAUCACCAGGCAUAGUUUUCUAUAUAUAUUUAGGACAUGCCAGGUUGCAUUUAUUGGAUUUGUCACGUGCACGUUGUUCUUACGAACAAGGUUACACCCCACAGAUGAGAUGAAUGGCAAUCUUUAUCUCUCUGGCCUGUUUUUUGGGCUGGUGCAUAUGAUGUUCAAUGGAUUCUCUGAGCUAUCUCUUAUGAUAUCUCGGCUCCCUAUCUACUACAAGCAAAGAGAUAAUUUAUUUCAUCCUGCAUCAGCAUGGUCUGUCACAAGUUGGAUUCUGCGUGUACCUUACUCCAUUCUUGAAGCUGUUGUGUGGUCUUGUGUUGUGUAUUACACUGUUGGUUUUGCCCCUAGUGCAGGAAGGUUUUUCCGUUUCAUGUUUUUACUCUUUUCUGUACACCAAAUGGCAUUGGGUCUUUUCCGGUCGAUGGCUGCUGUUGCACGAGAUAUGGUCCUUGCAAAUACAUUUGGAUCAGCUGCACUGCUGGUUAUAUUCUUGUUGGGGGGAUUCAUCAUUCCAAAAUCAAUGAUGAAGCCAUGGUACGUUUGGGCAUUUUGGUUGUCACCACUAUCCUAUGGGCAAAGUGCAAUUUCUGUCAAUGAAUUUACAGCCACAAGGUGGAUGAAGAGAUCGGCAAUCGGGAACAAUACAGUUGGAUACAACGUUCUCAAUUCACAUAGCUUACCUACUAGUGAUUAUUGGUAUUGGGUUGGAGUUGGAGCAUUAUUACUUUAUGCUUUUCUUUUCAACAACAUAGUGACUUUGGCCUUGGCCUACCUUAAUCCCCUCCAGAAAGCGCAGAUAGUAAUCCCACAUGAUGAUACAGAAGAGAAUUCGGCUUCGGAUGUGAAUGGUCACGGUCCUGAUUUAAGUCCAACAUCUGCCAAAGAGGGCAGCAAAAAAAAGGGAAUGAUCCUUCCAUUUCAACCACUAACAAUGACUUUCCAUAAUGUCAAUUAUUUUGUUGAUACGCCGAAGGAAAUGAGAUUAGAAGGCAUACCAGAGAAUAAGUUGCAACUCCUGUCCAACGUAAGUGGAGUAUUCUCACCUGGUGUUCUCACUGCCUUGGUCGGAUCAAGUGGAGCUGGAAAGACCACGAUGAUGGAUGUGCUUGCCGGUAGGAAAACUGGCGGAUACAUAGAAGGGGAUAUUAGAAUAUCGGGUCACCCAAAAGAGCAGCGCACUUUUGCCAGAAUAUCAGGAUACGUUGAGCAAAAUGAUAUACAUUCUCCUCAAGUGACAGUUGAGGAGUCUCUCCAGUUUUCUUCUUCUCUUCGCCUCUCAAAGGAAGUCAACAAAGAGAAAAGACAUGAGUUUGUUGAAGAAGUGAUGAGAUUAGUAGAGCUUGAUACUCUACGACAUGCUUUGGUUGGCUUGCCUGGUAGAACUGGCCUAUCAACGGAGCAGAGAAAGCGUUUAACAAUAGCAGUGGAGCUUGUUGCAAAUCCUUCCAUUAUAUUUAUGGAUGAACCUACUUCUGGACUGGAUGCACGAGCAGCAGCAAUAGUGAUGCGAACUGUCCGUAAUACUGUUGAUACCGGAAGAACUGUGGUCUGCACGAUACAUCAACCAAGCAUUGAUAUAUUUGAAGCAUUUGAUGAGCUACUUCUUAUGAAACGAGGGGGGCGAGUUAUAUAUGGAGGGAAGCUAGGUGUGAACUCACAGAUAUUGAUAAACUAUUUUCAGGGAAUUAGUGGUAUCCCUCCAAUUCCCAGUGGUUACAAUCCAGCGACUUGGAUGCUUGAGGUGACUACACCUGCCGCUGAAGAGAGAAUUGGUGAAGACUUCGAAGAAAUUUACUGGAACUCUCAGCAAUUCAGGACCGUGGAAGCUUCCAUUAAGAGCUUUAGCAUUCCACCUGAUGGUUCAGAACCAUUGAAGUUUUCUUCCAGAUAUUCACAAGACAAGCUCUUCCAAUUUCGGACUUGCCUAUGGAAACAAAAUCUAAUUUAUUGGAGAACUCCUCAAUACAAUGGCACGAGGUUAUGUUUUACUACAAUCAGCGCACUGGUAUUGGGUUUGGUGUUCUGGAAUGUUGGUUCAAGAAGGAAUUCAACUCAAAAUUUGUUAGUGGUUAUGGGAGCUCUUUAUUCCGCAUGCAUGUUUCUUGGAAUCAACAAUUCCUCUUCAGUUCAACCAAUUGUUUCAAUUGAGAGGACAGUAUUCUAUCGAGAGAGAGCAGCUGGAAUGUACUCUUCAAUUGCUUAUGCAGCAGCCCAGGGUCUUGUGGAGAUUCCAUACAUUGCUGUGCAGACAAUAAUAUAUGGCCUCAUCACCUAUUUCAUGAUUAAUUUUGAAAGGACAGCCAGAAAAUUUUUUCUCUAUAUUGUGUUUAUGUUCCUCACGUUCACCUACUUCACCUUUUACGGCAUGAUGGCUGUUGGUCUUACUCCUUCUCAACACCUAUCAGCUGUCGUCUCUUCUGCAUUUUACUCUUUAUGGAACCUCCUUUCUGGUUUUCUUGUCCCGAAACCUUACAUCCCUGGAUGGUGGAUCUGGUUCUACCACAUCUGCCCAGUUGCUUGGACACUACGGGGUAUUAUCACCUCUCAGCUUGGUGACGUGGAAACCAAGAUGGCAGGAACCGGAUUUGAGGGCUCCGUGAAAGAGUAUAUAGAAGUUGCUUUUGGCUAUGGCCCUGGCAUGGUAGGAGUUUCAGCAGCAGUGCUUAUCGGUUUUUGUCUCCUCUUCUUCAGCAUUUUUGCUAUCUCACUCAAAGCCUUCAACUUCCAGAGCAGAUGAAUGAGGUUUAAUUAUCUCCCAAGUAUAUUGCAUUAACAUCACAACUGAUUUGUCCUGCAUUGAACUCUGGUGAUGCAGAGCUUCUACAACAUGCAAGAUAUUUCCUCCA